CAACGUUGUAACUUCUUAAAGCAUUCGAUUGUGUCUUAUCACGAGACAACGUUAACGCUCUAACUUCUCCCUAACAGACAGUUUCUUAAUUUUGGUCAAGAUUACAAAUCGACGGUGGCUUUGAUAAUCUACCCUCUACCAUUCAUUUCCAUAUAAAUCGCCUUUUACCGCUUCAUCGGAGACGUUUGUCACUCAUUCAACCCCCCAAUUAUAAUCUAUCACACAACCGCCAAGAUGUUAAAGAUCUGGUCUAUGAAAUCGGCCCAGCAAAAAGCCGACAACGCGGAUGGCGCAGCUGGCAAGAAGAAGAAGGUAACACCUGCUCAGCUUCGGGUGCAGAAAGAUCUUUCCGAGCUAUCCUUGGGCUCGACCAUGAAGACAAUAUUUCCCGACCCCGAUGAUAUCCUCAACUUUAUCCUCGAGAUCAACCCCGACGAAGGCAUUUACCACGGCGGCCGAUUUACCUUUACUUUCACUAUGGGACCGAACUAUCCGCAUGAGCCUCCCAAAGUGCGCUGCCAGCAGAAGAUCUACCAUCCAAAUAUCGACCUUGAGGGCAAGGUGUGCCUGAAUAUUCUGCGCGAGGACUGGAAGCCUGUACUGAACCUUAAUGCCGUUAUCGUUGGAUUACAGUUCCUAUUCCUUGAGCCGAACGCCUCGGAUCCUCUUAAUAAGGAAGCUGCCGAUGACCUACGAGCAAGCAGAGAGGUCUUCCGCCGAAAUGUUCGUUCAACCAUGAGCGGUGGUUCCAUAAGAGGGGUAUUAUACGACCGCGUGAUGACUGGGCGAACAUAGCGUGCUCCGACGCAUUAGACAAAAUGA